AUGGUGGGGACACGAAAUGGUAACGGCAGUAAUAAUAACAACUCGGGUGGAAACAACAACAAUGGGGACACAAAUCAGAACGUCGUGGCUGCCCUAGGGAAUGUGGCCCAGAUACUUCAGAAUCUUGCUGCUAAUCCACGAGGACUUCAGCCUCGAACAACCCCAGACCGUACCCACCUAUUUUCUGAAUUUAGAAAACAGAGACCUCCAACCUUUCAAGGGGCACCUGAUCCUCAUGUUGCCGAUGGAUGGAUCCAUCAGAUCAAGAAGAUGUUGGACACCAUGGGAGUUCAGCAAGGGGCUGACCAGGUGGCCUUGGCCACAUACCAACUGGAAGGGGAAGCUGACUAUUGGUGGGAGGCUACCAAGAAUACUGUGAAUCUCGCCACAAUCACAUGGACUCAAUUCGAGGAGAUCUUUUUGGAGAAGUAUUUCCCUACACCAAUUAAGGACCAGAUGGCACAGGAGUUUCUAGCACUUAGACAAGGAGCGAUAACUGUGACACAGUACAUGGCACGGUUUGAGGAGUUAUCACGACACGCAUCGAUGUAUGUCCCUAUUGAUGCUGCUAAGGCGAGGAAGUUUGAGUGGGGGUUAGAGGACCCUCUUCGGGGAAAAGUUGUUGGUAUGGAACUUCCAACCUUCUCUCGGGUGGUGAGGGCCACCUUGAUCAAUGAAAGGGAACUCAAUGACUCUCGUAGAAUUUUGAAUCAGAAGAAGAAUCGAGGCUCGAACCAAGUACUGCAUCAGAUUCAGCAGCAGAACAGAGCACCCGGAGGGGUAAAGUGCUUCCACUGCAAUCAAGAGGGACAUACGAAGCGUUACUGCCCGCAGUUAGUAGGAUCUGGGAGCUCAGGAUAUGGGGUACAACAACAGCAAUCGUAUCAGGGGAAACCAGCUGGACAAGGAAAUCAGUAUCAAGGAAACCCUAACCACCAGAAGCUAGGUUGGAACUCACAACAACAACAACAACGCCAGUUUCAGAAUCAGGGAAUGAGGAAAGGACCGGGAGGUCAGAAUCAGCCAAUUGGGGGAUGA